GAACAUCCAGAUACUCGUAUGCGGCAGUAGGGACGCGAGAAAAAAAUCGCAUGGCUCGCCGAGAAAUGAGAACCCAAAGUUUUUCCUUCGGAACCGAAAAAGUACCUGCUCAAAGAUAAAAACAAGCGAGGCCUUCCAGGGGUUCGAAUUUCGUUAUCAUGGAACAAGACGGUUCCGACGUGGAUCUAUCCGACGACGACCUGGAUCCGUUGACCGCAGAGCAAUGCCGGACGAAACUGCUGCUGCUCCUCGAGGAGCGCAAGCGCAAAAACCGGCUCGAGGAGCGGUUGGUGCUGAAGAUGCGGAACCUGAACGACCAGCUGGCGGAAAAGCGGGAUCAAGUCGAGGGACUGCAGCGCACCCUGGAAACCGAACAGGCAAAAGUGGAAAACGAGGUGCGCACGCGCAGGGCGGAGCGUCAGAAGCGGCUUUCCGAGAUGGACGUGCGCAUUCGGCAGUACCUCACGGAGGUGCUGUUCCGCAGCAAACAGCAACCCAAAGCGCUCGCAAACAAGGAGGGCGGCGCCGAGCAGGACCAACAGCUGGCCAAACCCGCCAGCGCCGGGGGCUCGUCUGCCAAUUUGUCCAUGAUUCUCGUCAGCUAUUUCAAGCCGGGCACGUCGGAACGCUGCGAUUUGCGGUACCGCGUCAACGAAACGACUUCCGUGCGGCAGCUUCGCUACGACAGCUGCAAAUACUGGCAGCUAGAUGGCGACGAAUUUGUCGUUCGCACCUCGGUUGGAUCCAAAGUUCAAGGCGACAUGAUGGUGCACGAGGUAAUUGCGUAAAAAGCUGGGUGACCGAUUCCUAAAGGCUUAGACGAUGAAUAUAGAGAGAUUUUUACUCAUUUCAGACCGAGAUAGCGUGAGCUGCAUUCAAAAUUGCUGAUCUGGUAACCAAAAAGUUUUGCCUACGACUUAUUGUUGCUUUCCAGAACAAGAUGACCACCAAGAAGGCAACCGCAAGAUUUCAAAACUUCUGACACCCAGAUUUUCAAAGACGGCGAGAUCGCACAAGUGUUUCUGCUUCCCCGGAUCAUGAACAACACGGUGGUGAGUGAAGCGGAGAAGAAGUCGAUCCUCCCCAAGACCGGGAAGCUUGGACGUAAGAGCGCUAGCCUCGAGGAGGGAGCAAUGUUGGCCGGAAUUGGUGCCACCGGCGAGCAGGAACUGCGGAAGUGCGGCGGCGGCAGCUUGAUGGUCAAGAUUGCGGAGUUGAAGCCGAGUGAGUACCUGGCGCGCAUACGAUUUCGCGACAUCCUCGUGUAUCUGUUACUUGCGUUGAUGUGGGCGUGGCUCUGGCUGUCGAACCAACGCUGGCCCGGGCAGAGUUUUGCAAUCGUCGAAGACAUGGCCAGGGUGCUCGUCCACGACGAUUUCUACCAGAUCAACUCCACCGCGCAGGCACUCGUGUGGUGGCAGCGGUCCUACUCCCGGUUUCUCAGUCCCCCCUUCACGCAGUACAACCUACCCUUCGGAUUUUUGCGGUUGCGGCAGCAAAAGGUCCAGUACACCACGUGUCCGAGUCCCAUCCUCAGCCUGGGAGAGGCGCUCCUCGCCGGCCGGAAUUGCACCGACGACAGUGCGCCCGAGACGUCCGGGAUGUUGUCCGAGGGGCUGUACUAUCAAAUGUAAAAAUGUCUGGGUCUGGAAGAUUGCAAGGUUUGCCAUGCAUAUUUUGCAUGACCCGUGAUGUCUGCGAUGUAUGCCCCAGCAUUACAAUUUUUUUGCGGGUAUCUUGAUGCCUAUCCCGCAUGACAAAUGCCCUCUCCGCGGAGCAAAAACUGGACGCCUCUUGCUGCUCAUGCAAUACAGAUUUUUUUAGCUUCCAAAAAUAGCAUCACAAGUUGCAUUCUUCCAGACCCAGACACUUUUGCAAUUCAUAUGUACGCGUACUGGAAUCACGUCGAUUCGCACGGCCGCAUCAAGGGCGGGAACUACGGCCGCGGCCCCACGCCGCCCUACAUGUACACCUCCGACGGCAAACUGUACACGCUGCAGGGCAGCAGCGGCGAGAGCUUUGACAGCAGCGGGUACCUGGUGGACUACAACCUGAUGGAGGACGCGCCGCUCGUGGCGACCAGCAUCGAGCAGGACAUUUUGGCGUUCCACCAAAACAACUGGCUCGACGCGCGGACGCGUCUGAUUACCUGGUCCGUCACCGUGUACAACCCGCACUACGAUCUUUUUCUCUCGCUGGACUACAUUCUGGAAACCCCUCCGGGCGGGCAGGCGCUGGCGCGGAUCCAGGUGAUGCCGUUCCGGCCCAACAACCGGGAAACGGACCAGGAGAACAUGGAGGCCGCCACGUUUCACAUCCGCCUGCUGUGCGCCCUAUACGUGCUGUUCUCGGUGAUUCCCAUGGAGGUGGCCGCCCGGGAGCGCGUGUACAAGGCCGGAGGCAAGUAUUUGAUCACGCUGAUGGGAAUCGCGGACCAGAUGAUCGUCCUGACCACCUUCGUCGCGUACUUCUGGCAGCUCGUGCUGUUCGGCCAGGACGCGACGGUGGACGUGAUGCGCGACGGGAAGACGCAGUUCCAGCACUUUGCGCAGGACGCCGAGCGCUACCGCGUCGCCUUCGAGGUGGAUGGGUUGCUGGUCAUCUUCCUUAUGGUGCGGCUGUCGCGGUACCUGGCGAUUUCCCGCCGGAUCUACCUGUUGUGGAAGGCGCUCGACCGGCUGGCCCGCCGGUUCUUCUACCUGAUGGCGGUCAAUGUGAUGCUUUUAAUCUUCUGGACCUUCCUGGGCAACACCUUGUUCGGCCGGAUGUACAACGACGAGCACUUAUUGAGAGGAAAAAUGCUUCCACGCCCAAAGUUGCAAUAAUUUGUGAUGCGAAGUUUCCAAAUGAAUAUGAAAACUUUUUGUCAGAGCGGGGUAACAAACCUCCCAUAAGAAGUUACCGGCUAACUUCUCAUCCACCCGGCCAGGUGCAUGAGAAGUUAGCCUCAGCGAGCCCGUCCGCGGUUGCUACCGCCUUCCCCGUCGGGCUCGCGCCCGUCCGUCGUUCCCAUUCCCAGAUCUCGGCUGGAGGGGGGGGGUUGAGUACAUGUAAAUAAAGGAGUUGAGCACUUUAAUAUAUGCGCGCAAAAGUAAUUCGCGGAAUGAAUCUCUACAAGUAGCAUUUGAUACGCAUUUCUACUCCUAGAGUCUCUAGCAUGCAUGUAAAAGUAAGAAGUAGUAUUUGUUUGAUAUGCAUUUUCCCCCCCUGGUUCCUUCGUGUUGGUUGGUUUGGUUGAUAUGCAUUUUCCCCCCUUGCGAGUCUGGUUUAACUCGCAACCAAACCAACCAACACGAAGUAACCAGGGGGGUAACCAGGGGGGAAAGUGCAUAGGUUUAACUCGCAGCCAACUGCUCGCGCGCAUACGUGCGUAGAUCUCUUGACAUCCGUCUUGAGGUUUAGGGCCGGAGCGCUCUCAACACUGCUGAAGCUUUAGAACCUGAAGGGAGUGCACGCCCGAAAGGAUCAGGGCGCAAGGCUUUUCGAUAGCGCUUUUUUCCAACUGGCUUCAUAAUUCGCUUACUCUGUUGCUUUUUUCUCCUUUUUUCCCGGGACCAACUGGCACCAAGAAGUUUUUCUUUUCGCUUGUCCCCACCCGGACAAAUCGGUGUAGGUCUAGGUCUAGGCUUAGGACCAUCAAAUGUCCUCCUCCGCGUCCGCUGUUCCGACCUCCCACCGUCCCGCCGUCGUAAAAUCUUCUUUCCUCCUUCAGUCCCGGAUCGCCGCGACGUCGUGUUUCAGGGUUUUAGGGAUUUAGGGUUCCUAGUUCGAUUCACAUGCAUAUAGAGACUCCGCAUGUCAAGCGCUAAAUUACCUUUACAUGUACUCAACCCCCCCCUCCAGCCGAGUCCGAGAUCUGGGAAUGGGAACGACGGACGGGCGCGAGCCGGACGGGGAAGGCGGUAGCAACCGCGGACGGGCUCGCUGAGGCUAACUUCUCAUCCACCCGGCCGGGUGGAUGAGAAGUUAGCCGGUAACUUCCUAUGAGAGGUUUGUUACCCCGCUCUCAUGCAUGAAAGGAGUAUGCGUCUUUCUGAUGCAGAGUCUAGGCGUUUACCGUGUCGCUUGCAUGACAAGCGCCGCUCUUGCUGGGAUCUUUUGGAAUACAAAUUUUUGCUAUUCGCGACUGGAAAUCUGUGAUGCUGAUAGAUGCAAGAGGGCGAAUGUUUCGUUUAUUUGAAAGGUUUGCAAUACAAAUGCUCCCAGGUUCGGGGGUGGGGGCAUUUUUCAUUGUAAUAGCACUGGCACAGCAUAAGGAUAAGCCUGAUCUCCGUGUUCCGACUCUACCGCGGGGACGGCCGCUUCCUCUGGAUGCCCGAUCUGCGGCAGUCGCUCCAGCGGGACACGAGUUUCUACGUGGCCGCCAGUUGCUACGCGGUGUGCUUCUACGGAUCACUGGUUUUAUUGCUGCAAAAAACGUUCGUGGCACUCGCAAUCGAGAGCUUUGCGUUGAUCAAACUCAGCUACGAUCCGCGGUCCCAAGCAAAUUGGAACCGGGAGCGAAUAUUUCGUUGGGUGCUGCCGGAUCUGGUCUACAACAUGGGUGCAACUCUGGUAGAGCGGCUCGAACAAAAAUUGUCCCAAGAUAAAACUUGAAAGCGGUGCUAUUUCCUUCUUCUUCUCCACAUUUUUGUUUUAUUUUCCAUCCCGAGCCGGAGCCGUGGGGGGGCAUAGAGUUAAACAUUGAUAAGCUAUCUCGCUGCUCCGGCUGGUGCAUGAAAGUAGGGCCAUGUGGUAGAGUAUACCUUGCACGAAAGUGCUUCUUGGAAUCGGCUCUAUCUCUAUCGCUGAAGAGUUCCUAGAAAGGCGCAUAAACGAAAAAUCCUUUGUGCUGGUUUGCUGUGCGAG